UCCUCGAGCCCCAGGCGCAGUGCCGGAGCCUGCUUCUCAGGCCUUGUGAUGACAGUGACAUACACCUAUCGUGUAGCUGAUGCACGCCUGGGCACCUUUUCACAGCUCCUGCUCCGAUGGAAAGGGAGCAUCUACAAACUCCUCUAUUGUGAGUUCUUGAUCUUCAUCUCCUUCUACUUCAGCAUCAGCCUCGUCUACAGGCUGAUACUGAGUGAGAGCCAAAGGCUGAUGUUUGAGAAGCUGGCUCUGUACUGCAAUAGCUAUGCUGAACUGAUUCCCGUGUCCUUUGUGCUAGGCUUUUAUGUGACCUUAGUGGUGUCUCGCUGGUGGGGCCAGUACGAGAGCAUCCCAUGGCCUGAUCGCAUUAUGAACCUGGUCUCCAGUAGCGUGGAUGGGAAGGAUGAGUAUGGGCGCCUUCUGAGGCGCACACUGAUGCGCUACAUCAAUCUGCUAAGUGUGCUGAUCUUGCGCUCUGUCAGCACUGCAGUCUUCAAGCGAUUUCCCAGCAUAGAACACGUUGUGAGAGCAGGCCUAAUGACUCCAGAAGAACACAAAAAGUUUGACAGCCUGAACUCACCCCAUAACAAGUUCUGGAUCCCCUGUGUGUGGUUCUCAAACCUGGCAGUGAAGGCACGCAAUGAUGGCAGGAUUCGUGACAGUGUGCUCCUCCAAGGCAUCCUGAACGAAAUGAACACUUUACGCAGUCAAUGUGGGCGACUCUACGGGUAUGACUGGAUCAGCAUUCCAUUGGUCUACACACAGGUGGUCACAGUGGCUGUUUACAGCUUCUUCUUGGCUUGUUUGAUUGGCCGACAGUUCCUGGACCCAGCAAAGGGGUAUCAUGGCCAUGAGAUGGACCUCUUUGUGCCCAUCUUCACCUUCCUACAGUUUUUCUUCUAUGCUGGUUGGCUAAAGGUAGCUGAACAGCUGAUUAAUCCAUUUGGGGAGGACGAUGAUGACUUUGAAACCAAUUGGCUCAUUGAUAGGAAUCUGCAGGUCUCCCUUAUGGCUGUGGAUGAAAUGCACCAGGAUGUGCCCACCCUGCAGAAGGAUCCAUACUGGAAUGAAUCAGACCCACAACCACCCUAUACAGCAGCAACUGCAGAAUAUAAGCGGCCCUCUUUCAUGGGCUCAACCUUUGAUAUCAGCAUGCAGAAAGAAGAGAUGGAAUUCCAGCCCCUGGAACAGAUUAAAGAGAACGAGGAAGCCAACCACUCAACGCCAUUGUUGGGACACAUAAGCCGCUUCCUGAGUGCCCAGUCCCCCAGUUUCGCCAGGUCAGCAUCAAGAAUGAACCUGAUGCGUCGGAGGAAUGAAAAUGUGCCUCCUUCUCCUUAUUAUGCAUACCCAGAUGUGGGCAAACCCGCGAGCCCCACUAGCAUUAACCAGCAAAGGGGAGACUGCUCCUACCCCGGCUUCUGUCCCCCAGAUCAAUGGGACAAGGCAGCCAGCAAACUGAGAGAAUUUGACGCCUUCAUGUCCACUCCCUUCUACGAGAGGCCUGGCUUCUACAGUGCUCCACAAACCCCCAUCAGCUCCAUCCCCAUGAUCUUCCCCUCCAGACGCCAAGGCCGCAAGAAGCCACCUGCUCUCUCCAGUAUUGCUGCCUGUUCCACUUCCUUGAGGGAUAAUUUAUCCAGCAAAUCUCCUUGCCAAGCGAGCGAUAUGGACAGAAGCGAAAUCUCUCUUGGCUCAGGAACCAGAGAAACAUUUGUUUGGCCAGCAGAAAAAAGCCAAGUUCCGGACUCAUUGGCAGUGACCGUGGAAGAGGAGGAAAGAAACGUGACCAAUAAACUGAAGGAGGCUGUUCCUCUUGGAAGCCCAGGGGCUCUGUCUUCAGGGGACUCCAUAAGCCCCAGGUUUCCAUUCUUUGCUGAGUCCCCAGGUCCUGAGAUGCAGACAAACUUCAAGAAUUUGAACAAUCUGAAGGGUCACCGGCAUCUCUGGCUGCCUCCAGACAACCCAGGAAUUCCAAACCCAGACCAUUCCAGCUCCCUCCCCAGCCAUGGUAUCAGGACCCCUAGCAGCAAUGGCCCUACCUUCUUCUCCUUCACACCUUUGACGUCCCCAGUGCUUGAGAGAUCCCGCCUGAGCAAAACAAGCAGCACUUCUGUCAGUCCUAGUGCAGCGGAGGUGCCUGGAGGAGUCCCUGAGCAGGAAUCUGUAGCAGCUUCUGCCAGAGAACCAGGAAGUGGAGGCCCCAGUGCUUAUCACCCCAAGGAGCAGAGAAAGGCAGGCACCUCUUCCUCCUCCAAUGACUCUGGCAUCUCUCUAGCUGAGGGAGACUUUGUAGGACUCAUGGAAGUGAUCAUGGAAACGAGUGAGAACACAGCUGAUGAGGGGAGGGUAGACAAGGACAACUAAAAGAAACGAGCUCACAGAUACUUUCCAUUAGGAUGCCAUGGUGGUUUUCCUUUUUAACCAUGCUUCU